AUGGGUUCUGUAUCCGUCAACAACCUCCCCGAAGGCGGGCUUGAAUCCGGCACCGCCGACACGGCCAAGAACAAGGACACCCGCGCGGUCUUCUUCUUCGACAUCGACAACUGCCUCUACGCCAAAUCGCGCCGCGUGCACGACCACAUGGCGGCCCUGAUCAACAAAUACUUCAUCACGCACCUCGACAUGUCGGCCGACGAAGCCACGCACCUCCACCAGAAAUACUACAAGGACUACGGCCUGGCGAUCGAAGGCCUGGCGCGACACCACAAGAUCGCACCCUUGGACUUCAACCGCGAGGUCGACGACGCGCUCCCCUUGGACGAGUUGCUGGAGCCGCACGCCGAGACGCGCGCGCUGCUGCAGCGGUUCGACCCCCACAAGGUCAAACUGUGGCUGUUUACCAACGCGCACGUCACGCACGGCCGGCGCGUCGUGCGGCUGCUGGGGAUCGAUGAUCUGUUCGAGGGGAUCACGUACUGCGAUUACGGGCAGGUGCCGUUGGUGCCGAAGCCCUUGCCGGAGAUGUUUGACAAGGCGGAGCGCGAGGCCGGGGUGCGGCCCGGGGGCCACACGCCCGUUUACUUUGUCGAUGACUCGUACUUGAAUUGUCGGGCGGCUUAUAUGCGGGGGUGGACUAACACGGUGCAUUUGGUCGAGAGGGGCGUGCCUGAGCCGGAGGAAAAGGCGAGUAAGUACCAGAUUAGCGAUCUGGCGGAGCUGUUGGAUCUGUUUCCGGAGUUGUUGAGGACGGAUGCAUAA